AGUCGUUCAAUUGGUAGGUCAUUGAGAGGUUGUGUGUAAGCAAUUUUAGUUAAAUCCGCGUCUUUUAUAACGAUAAGAGUAAAUCUAGUUGGCAAUGACAGUUUGUUUUAUAAAUCAACUUUAUAAGUGAAUCCUUUGCCUUUAAAUAAUUAUUAAAUAAAUUAUAAGUAAAGUUAGGUUUUUGUCUUGUUUCGCGGUAUUCUUGGUGUGUGUCCGUUGUUCUGUGGAUUAUAGAUGUUAUUCUAAUGCAAGGAUGUUACCCAUACUGUCCAAGUUUCUAGGAAAGUUCUAUUUUGAUAGUUGAUGGAGUUUUAACUACCGGUAAUCAGUAUCGGUGUGAUGGUGCGGAUUGUCACAGCGCUGCUGGUGGUAGCUCUGUGCCGCGCCGCCACCGCACUAGACUCCGAACUGGGCGUUGGUAAAGCGAUCAACAUAUUUAUGAGAUAUGGGUACCUCAGUAUAUGCAUGCGCGUUGUGCCGCGGAACGACACAGAGAGCUGGGUGUUUCGAGAGCCUACAGUCAGCGUGUUCAGAGACGUGGACAAGUUCUCUGUUGCGCCGAAACCACGCCAGGCGAAGACACUCUUCGACGGCGACUUCCAUAUGGAGUUUUGCGAUAACUUGAAGCAGCUGCUGCAGGCCUAUUUUAGGGACUUCUCUUUUGAAAGGCUGGAGCGUCCGUGGCGGGCGUUCACCGCUGGCUGGCCAACGGAUAUAAUGGCCCGCAACCUGGGCAUCAACUCCUCGUUCAUCAACGGUGAUCACUGCUACGUGCUGGUCAGGGUGUCCAGAUUCCGUGAAACGGCUAAACUAAACGAGUUGCCCAAGAACAUUGCCAUAGAGGAUGUGGUGCUGGAGGCAAUCCAGGACGCCAACAUUGGUGACACCGUGUCUAUAGCAGACUUCAUUAGGAAGUAUGGCUCGCAUUACAUAGCCUCCUAUGUCACUGGUAACUCACUCUACCAGGUAUUCGUGUUCUCCCGGAGCGUGUACUCUAGGAUAAAAGAGCGUGUCAAAGCAAAGGGUAUCACGGACAUACCAGUCAGCGAUAUGAAUAAUUAUUUCUCACCAUUUUUCGCCGAACACGUAGGAGCGGUCAAGGUAUUUGUGUUCUCUAGAACUGCUUACACUAUGAUCAAAGAGAGACUUAAAAGUAAAGGCGUGGCCGAUAUAACUGCCAAAGAGUUGGAGGGAUACUUCUCGCCUUGGCAUGCUAAGCAUAUAGGGCAAAUCAAGGUUGCCAGUGGUAAUAAGACAGUUGAGAGUUGGGCUAUGAAACGAUUGAGAGUACAUUACUAUAUAUUCUCAUAUCCCAGCCUCCUCAAAUUGCACGGAGAGCCGGCGUUACUGAGGAAUCUCGACACGUUAUUAGGGAACGAAGCUUUGCUGCAAUUAGAAUUGAAAACAUUAUCGCCUGCGUUCAAAGACGCCAAAAAGAGAAAGUGGUUCGAAGAAGUUAUAGACAAUUAUUUAAAACUCUGGGAGAGUAAUAUGUGAUGUAUGAAAUUGGAUGUUGUUAUCACUAUAGUAUUAUUAUAGGUAGCCACUGAAGUGGAUUCUGACAGACAUUUUAUAUAUACCAUAUUGAACUUAAUCACCGUGGAAUAAUGUACAAAUUUGUAUAAAGCAAUAAAAUUAUGUGAGUACUGACUAAAGUAAAAAAAAAUAUUACAAGUGUGUUAAAUACUACGACUCCGCUUCAGUGGGAAUCGAACCAUAGACAAGGUAAAUUAGUGCGUAUUGAUUGUGAUAGCUGUUCACUAGAUGAAAAUUGUUAACUGUUUAAAAAAUGUUUUACUGAAUCGAAAUUAAUCAAUAAACUCGAGUGCCGUCCUAAAAUAGAAAAUACCAAAAAUAUAACUUAAGUCUCUCUAUAAUUUUAAAAGUAAAUAUAUAUUUUUUAAAUAUACUAUUCUAACGUACAGUCAGU